AUGGGACCCUCUCUCGCAUCGAAGGCAGAUCUUCCUUCGUUUGAUGAAGUUGUCUAUCUUCCAGCAUUAUUGGAAAUGGUCAAAGAUUACGAAAGCACAAAAACACUAGGUCUAUUAACUAUCAGUAUAUAUUUGUUUACCAUGAGUCUUUCGAGUCUCAUCUGGGGAGUGUUAGCAGACUAUUAUGGACGGAAGCCGAUGGUAAUAUCUGGCUUUGGUGCUUUUAUUCUGUCUUCUAUUGGAUGUUACUUCUCCCCAAACAUCUAUAUUCUGUUAAUUUUUCGAGCAUUGCAAGGAUGUUUUAUCUCUGUCGCAGUAGUUGUAGGACAAGGAACAAUAGCCGAUAUCUACCGACCGAACCAGCGUGGUACUCCGUAUGGAAUCUUUUAUGCAUUUUUUUUUGCUGCAGGACUUUUGGCGCCCGCUCUUGGCGGGGUAGUAUGUCAACAACUUGGUUGGAGAGCAACAUUUAUUUUAGUAACCACUAUUUCAUUUAUUUUAUUCAUAAGCUACAUACUAAUUGUACCUGAAACUCAACAGUAUACAGUGAUAUGUACAUAUCAAAGCCAACAACAAAUAACAUUAAUCGAAUCAGAUCAAGUUUCUAAGCCGACGUUAACAAACCCGUGCGCACCACUAUCAUACCUCAUUGAUUCCACAAUUAUCCCCUACAUCUCUGUUCUAGCUUGCAGCUAUAUAGCAGUAAAUUGUAGUGCUCUGCUUGUUCCAACUGAACUGGCUGAGUCGCCCUACUCUUUUCGACCAAACAAAAUCGGGCUUUUAUUCAUUCCCAUCGCUGCAGCUUUUUUAAUUGGUAGUGUAGUAGGCGGUAAAUUAUCCGAUCUGAUAACGAUGAAAUUUUUUCAAACGUCGAAACUCCUCGAAGGUCGUAUGAUUCCGGGACUGAUAUUUUCGAUAUUAAUAAGUAUUGGCUUGAUUAUUUAUGCAUGGGCAUUCCAAUAUGGUACAUAUAUUUUAAUUCCCAUACUCGGACAAAUGCUCGCAGGAUUCGGUCAAGCAGCAUCUCGUCCUGGGGUUAUUUCAUACGUUACAGUCAAGUAUCAAGAGAGUGCAGCCAGUAUUAUUGCAGCAAACACGUUUGUUCAGCAACUGUCGACAGCGAUUGUGCUGACAUUUACCGUUCAAAUCGUGCAAGUUAUUCAUGAAGGAGCGUUUUUUACCACCUUAGCUCUUUGUAAUGUAUUGACAACACUUGCUGCAGCUAUGAUCAUUUGCAGAAAACUUAUUUCAUCUAGAAGUCCAGAAAAAAAAUUGCUUCUUUAA